CAUGUCAGUGUGAUGCUAUGUCAACAUAGCAGCGGACAGAAACAACAAAAGCCUUGUCGUGAGGAUAAUAAUUUACUUUCAACAGCUUUUAUUAGUCUCUCACUAGAAGCUGUUCUCGAAAAACAGCCUGUCAACGUGUUUUUAACCUAGUAUAGAGGAGCUGUCAGCAGACUGGAUUAUUCAUAGUCGUCGUACAUAACUAGUGGGCGCAGGAAUUGGCCAUACAUGUAACGUUAGAAUAUGAACUAGCGUGUUGGCAUUUAAAGUCACAAGACAGAAUAAGUCCACUUUAGUGCUGUGGUAACAAAAUUCUCGCCGCCGCCUACAGUUGACACGAACGAACGAAGAAGUGGGUGGUGUAAUGAUGUUGCCUUGAGCUAAAGUGUGCUCAAAGUGUAUUUUCCUAGAGUAUUCGUACUCUCAUUGGCACAAAGUUGAGGUCUGUGGGAUAAAACAAGGUCCUUGUGGUUCCCACACCACCCAUUUCAGGUAUCGAAAAAGGAAGACCUAUUUUAUGCAGUUUUUACCUUGACUUGUGAGCAUUAAAGAUGGCUGAGAACUGGAAGAACUGUCUGGAAGAGGAGCUCAUAUGCCCUAUUUGUUUGAACGUGUUCUCGGAGCCGGUUCAGCUCCCUUGCAAACACAACUUCUGCCGCAUGUGUAUCAACGAGGCCUGGUCUAAAGAUACAGGAAUGGUCCGGUGUCCCGAAUGCAACCAUGCCUACAGCCAAAAACCAGCUCUGGAGAAGAACCACAAACUGUCCAACAUUGUGGAGAAGUUUAACGCGUUAAACGUUGAGAAGACGCCAGCAGUUUUGCACUGCAUUUUGUGUCGACGCGGCCCUCCGCUUCAAGCCCAGAAGGUUUGCCUCAGGUGCAAUGCGCCCUGCUGCCAUUCCCACGUACAGACCCAUCUCCAACAACCUUCUUCCAAUGCUGGACACUUACUGGUGGACACUGAGGAUGUGCGGGCCUGGAGCUGUCCACAGCACGACGAGUACAGACUAUAUCAUUGUGAAACCGAGCAUGUGGCCGUCUGCCAGUACUGCUGCUUCUCCAGAUGUGCUACCAACCACGGCCACGCGGUGUGCGAUAUAGAAGUCAGACGUAAUGAUAUCAGACAAAUGCUGAUUAAACAGCAGGAUCGAAUCGAGGACCGGGUUCAGGACAUAGAAGAGCAGCUCUACAAACUAGAAUCUGACAAAUGUCUCAUGGAAGACAAAGUGCAGCACCUGAAGGAGGAGGUGCAGCUGCAGUAUCAGAAAAUGCAGCAGCUCUUGGAGGAGGAUCUGGGGAAGACCCUGGAGGUCCUGGAUAAGGCCCAUUCCAAGUUCUGCCAGGAAAACUCGGCGCAGGCCCUGCAGCUUCACCAGAAACAGCAAGAGGCUAAGAAACUGCUCAGCUCCAUCCAGAUGGUUUUUGAUAAGGCAGAGGACAUCGGUUUUAUGAAGAACACAAAAUCUGUGAAAAUACUAAUGGACAGGUCUCAGUCGUAUGUGGGCAGCACAUUGUCAUCGUACAAAGUGGGCAGCCUCAACUCCAAACUCUUUCUGUCUGAAAUCUCUAAAAGAGAGAAGAACCUCUGCAAGAUGCUGGAAGCUCCGUUCAGCGCUCCAGCAAACUUUUUCCAGAGUAUUCCGGCGUACCUUUGCGAGAAGCGCAGACACUCAGUGGCGUUCCCCGAAGGCAGCGGCAGCAGCCGAGCUGGCGCUAGCUUCAUGGACUCAUCCUCAUCAGGCCCUGCGGCUGCCAAGCAGCCGUGCCUGAGUCUCACUCAGGGCUCUGCCCCAGGCGAAGGUCAGUCCUCCCAGCAUGCUCUAGGGCCGUGUGGCUCCACCCAACACGUAGGAAGCAGCAGCUCAGCCUCCGGCUCUCAACCCUUACCGCACUCUGCCUCGGUGUUCCCGCACUCCCAUUACCCAAACGGCAGCUCCUCCCAGCUGCCCCAGUAUGGAGCGCGGAAGAUCCUGAUGUGCACGGUUGAUAACUGUUACUGCUCAGGGGUGCCCUCCGUGUCCAACCACCGCGGACAUCCACCCUACCCUCGAUCCAGCUCUUUCCCCUGGCCAGUGAGCUCGCAGGAGUACUCCCACGCCCCUCUGCCCUCGGCCCCGGCCAUGUCCCAGUCUCUCCAGAGCCUGUCCAUGCGUGACUGGAUCGACGCCUCUCAGUCGCACAGGCACACUGACUUCUACAGCCUCUACGGCCAGUCUUCCACCAAGCAUUACGUCACCAGUUAACCCCUGCUCCAGUGACUGCUGCCAGUCACCAGAUGGGGCAUCCUUUUCCACUGAGAGAUGUCUUAAAGAGAUGCAUGUGGGGCAUUUUUAUACGCAGACCUCAUCAAUCAUUUAGAAUGAACUGCUGAAGUCCGAGAGCAGCGAAAAAGAAAGUUAAUAUCACAAAGUCAAGCAUAGCUUUGCACAUUAUUUAGGCACUAAUGGUGUUGUGAUUAUGUACGAUGAACGCAAGUUUCUCUUCUAAAAAAAUAACACUUGAUGCUUGCAAGAGAUGCAGAAAUGGAGGAUGUUGUCAUUUGUUGAAUCAUCAAUAAUGUUGCACUUUCUUUGUAAGACCCAAAUUUCGCAAUUACCGUUGACUCAUAAGGCGAAACGAUGGAAGUCAGCAGUAAAACCAUUAAGUUGGCUCUUAAUGAAACUUAAGAUGAUUUACUGUUGAGAGAAUUGAAGCCCACGAUGUUUUAUUAACUUCACAUGGUU